UCUGCGGCUCUGUAUGUUGCAUUAAGCAUUGGUUUUGGACUUUUUGGUUACAUUAUUGAGGUGUUUGAUUCUGUAGGAUAAGAGAAAAUGCAGAAGAGGUGUUAAACAUGAACAAGGCAAAAUAAUGCCAAUUAAGAUCCGUUUAAUAUUCUUGAAGGUGUUUCCAUAAAUUAAGAAUUUUUAUUUUACUGCCUCUAUCAAUAUAAGAUUAUUAACUCAUAUACUAGUUUUUAUUUUACUGCCUCUAUCAACAUAAGGUUAUUAACUCAUAUGUCGACGAAACAACUGUAUAUCGUAUAACUGACACUAAUUUAUUUUAACAAGCUCUUUAAGCACACCAGAAGAAACAAAAAAAAAAGUUUAUUUGAAAAUUUAUCCACAAAAAAGAAAUAAAGAGAGAUCCUCAAGGGUAAAUUGGUUAACACGAAAAUAUGAUGUAACAGUCGCCACUAACAUAAAAGCACAAUUAUUAACAUGAGUCUCUCUUUUUCGUCGCUUCAUCUCCAAGAAACAAAUACGCAUUCUUGCGUUUGAUCUUCUUCUCUCUAGAUCCCAUCUUUUUCUUGAUCGAAUUACUUUCAUUAUGGAAGACGACGCAGCUUUUGAUCUAAUCAAAGCCGAACUGUUAAAUGCAGAAGACGAGGUAAUAAUCUUACGUUAUCUGAAGCGUAUGAUCGUUAACGGAGAUUCUUGGCCUGAUCACUUCAUCAAAGACGCAGACGUGUUCAACAAGAAUCCAAAUGUGGUGUUCGAUGCUGAGAGCCCUAGCUUCGUGAUCGUUAAACCACGAACAGAGAUUUGUGGUGGAACCGAUGGAUGUGAAUCUGGUUGCUGGAGGAUCAUGGGUCGUGAGAAACUGAUAAAAUCGAAGAAGACUGGGAAGAUUCUAGGGUUCAAGAAGAUUCUCAAGUUCUGCCUAAAGAGGAAACCUAGAGAAUACAAGAGAAGUUGGGUAAUGGAAGAGUAUAGGCUUACCAAUAACUUGAACUGGAAGCAAGAUCAUGUGAUUUGUAAGAUUCGAUUUUUGUUUGAAUCCGAAAUUAGUUUCGUGCUAGCCAAGCAUUUCUACACUACAUCAGAAUCACUUCCUCGUAAUGAGCUGUUGCCAGCUUAUGGAUUCCUUUCAUCAGAUAAACAAGUAGAGGAUAUAUCUUAUCUGGUGACGAUCAUGACUUCUGAAGGAUUAAACGAUUGGCCUAGCUACGUUACCAACGACGUGUAUUGCCUGCAUCCACUGGAGCUUGCGGAUCUUCAAGAUCGGAUGUUUCAUAUUUACGGAACCCUUAUCUUCUCUAACAAGACUUGUGGUAAAACCGAUAGAUGCAAUGGUGGUUACUGGAGGAUCUUGCACCGUGAUAAGCUGAUCAAGUCAAAGUCCGGGAAGACCAUUGGUUUCAAGAAGGUUUUUAAGUUCUAUGAAACGGAGAAGGAAAGAUACUUUUGUGAUGAAGAAGAUGUGAAGAUAACUUGGACUAUAGAAGAGUAUAGGCUUAACGUGAAGCAGAAUAAAUUCGUGUGCGUUAUCAAAGUUUACUUAUGAUAACUAGGGACCUUUACUUCGGAUUUUGGUAUCAACUUAGUAUCUUCUGAACAUCUUUCUCUUUAAAACAUCUAUAGAUUCAUGAGUCUUUCUGUUU